AUGAAAUUCAAUAAGGAGUCUUAAGAAUUUGCAGAUUUAGUUCUCAAAUACUAUUCACCAAAGAUAUUAUUGAAAUAAAAAAAAUAAAAGGAAGAAUAAACAUAAAAUUAGGAAGAAAUUAACUAAUAAUUUGAUAAAGUUGAUUCAAAGACUAAAUAUUCAAUAGAUUACUAAAAAUUUUAAAAUUAUAUUGAAAAUAGUGAUAAGAAUAAACCAAAAACUGCAGAAGAACUUGAAAUUGAAAAAAUUAUAUAAUCUAAUCCUUAUCUUUCAUAAAUUGCUUGCACUCAUGAUAGGAGAAAAGAAAGAGAAAUUUAUGAAAAAACUAAUAAAGAAAAAUUUGAAAAUAUUGAAUACUUUAAAUAAGAAGGAAAUUUGGCUUUUAAAAAUAAAGAAUUUGAUAAGGCUGCAUAUUUUUAUUAAAAAGUAAUAAAAGUUUGUAAAUUAGAUAGGCAUUAGUUUAUUUUGAUUAUACAUUUCCUGAAGGUGAUAAAGAGGAAUAGAAAUAUAAUUUAUUAUUAGAGUAAUGUAAUAAUAAUAUGGCUUAAUGUAAAUUACUUCAAGGAAAUUUAGAUGAAGCAUGGAAUUAUUCACAUUAAGCAUUGAAAAUUAAUCCAAAAAAUGAAAAAGCAAUAUUUAGGCAAGCUAAGAUUUCUUUUCAAAAAGAUGACUUUGAACAAUGCGAAACUUUAAUAUAAAAAUUGGAUUAAAAUUUAUAAGAAACCAAAGAACUAAAGUUAAGUUUACAAAAUAGAAUUAAGAUGUAUAAAUAGAGAAAUGAAUAAGUCUAUAAAAAAAUGCUUUCAGAAUGA